UGUGAAUGGACCUCGCGCGGUAGCCGAGCGCAGCCUGUCGCUACGUGAGGCGCCCGGGGCAGGUGGAGGGAGGGACUGCGGGGCCGCUGCGCCUUCCCCCUCCCCACGCUGACUCGGGAGGGUCGGUGCUCGGCCGGUGGCUGCGGUAAAAGCGCCGGCGAGAAAGGAGAUUGGGCGGGAUUCGCCCUGCCCGGCUGCAGCUCCUAGAAGUGCGGACAGAGGGAGGUCCCGAGGGUCGCUCUUCGGCUGCGACAGCGGCUGGCGGUGGAGCCCAGCAGCAGGCCGCUUCAAAAUUGCCUAAACCUUAUUGAAGAAGGUGUUUGCCAACAAUUGAAAGGAAAUUACUACCUUCUAGCUGAAGUUCUUAACGAUGCCAGCUUUAUCAACUGGAUCUAGUGGAGAUGCAGGUCUGUAUGAGCUGCUGGCUUCAUUGCCAGCCCAGCUGCAGCCACAUGUGGACAACCAAGAAGACAUGACCUUCCUCUGGGAUAUGUUUGGUGAAAAAAGCCUUCAUUCUCUGGUAAAGAUUCAUGAUAAAUUGCAUCACUACGAAAAAAAGAGCCCUGUGCCCAUGUUACACGGUGCAUCAGCUUUGGCAGAUGAUCUGGCUGAAGAGCUACAGAAUAAACCACUAAACAACGAGAUCAGAGAACUCUUGCAGCUGCUAUCCAAACCCAGUCUCAAGGCUUUGCUUUCUGUGCACGAUAUUGUUGCUGAGAAAAGCUAUGAUCCUGUAUUGCCUCCCAUGCCUGACGAUAUUGAUAAUGAAGAAGAUUCUGUGAAAAUCAUUAGGCUCGUAAAAAAUAGAGAACCUCUAGGAGCUACUAUUAAAAGGGAUGAAAUCACAGGAGCUGUUGUUGUGGCUCGGAUAAUGCGUGGAGGAGCGGCAGACCGAAGCGGUCUCAUUCAUGUAGGUGACGAGCUAAAGGAAGUCAAUGGAAUUUCAGUGGCUGAUAAAAAACCAGAAGAAAUUAUACAAAUUCUGUCUCUGUCCCAAGGAGCCAUUACAUUUAAGAUUAUACCCAGUAUCAAAGAAGAAAACUCAUCAAAAGAAGGCAAGAUCUUCAUGAAAGCUCUUUUUGACUAUAAUCCCAGUGAAGAUAAAGCAAUUCCCUGCAAAGAAGCUGGACUUCCUUUCAGAAAAGGUGAUAUUCUUCAAAUCAUGAGCCAAGAUGAUGCAACCUGGUGGCAAGCCAAGCUGGAAAGUGAUGCCAAUCCCAGAGCAGGCUUAGUUCCUUCAAAACACUUCCAGGAAAGGAGACUUGCUUUAAGAAGAUCAGAUGUACAAUUUCGGCCCUUGAAGAUUUCAAAUAAGAAAUCAUCUGGUUUUAGGAGAAGUUUUCGCCUAAGCAGAAAGGAUAAAAAAACAAACAAGACAAUGUAUGAAUGCAAGAAGAGUGAUCAGUAUGACACUGCAGAUGUUCCUACCUAUGAAGAAGUAGCAAAAUAUAGGCGGCAACCUAAUGAAAAAUAUAGACUUAUUGUCUUAGUUGACUGUAAAGCUUCCCUUCUACCCAAAUCUUUUUAA